AAAUUUCUCCACGAUUGCUCCUUCAACGUAGCAAUCCUUUUAUUUCUAUCUUACAGAAGAGUUGUCGUUCAUCUGCGCAGCGCGGCAGCCAUGGGAGGGGGCACUGGAAGGACACUCCUGAAUCUCUCAUUCUCCUCGAAUCUUCUAUCUCACUCUCUCUUCUCUGCGAGAAUAAGACACCCACUUGCCAAAACGUUGCCAUCUAGGGUUUUACUGAGGUUUAGGCCUCUUUGCUCGUCCACCACCACCGCCACUACAAUUGAACCGGACCAGGUGUUGAAACCCAUGAAGCACUCUAUCCUUCUUGACAGGCUGAGACUCAGACACCUCAAAGAUUCUGCAAAGACUCAACAGAGCAGGGUACCGCCAACUCGUUCUUCUGACAAGGAAGAGAAACCGUCAGAGAAGAGCAGAUCUACCAAUGUCGUUUCUAGUUUUCAUGAACUGGGUUUGGGUGAUGAGGUUAUGGGUACUGUCGAUGAGCUCGGUAUUUCUGUUCCAACUGAGAUUCAGUGUCUGGGGAUCCCUGCUGUGCUCGAACGGAAAAGUGUGGUAUUGGGUUCUCAUACAGGGUCUGGAAAGACUCUAGCUUACAUGCUGCCCUUAGUUCAACUACUGAGACAGGAUGAAGCAUUAUAUGGCAUGCUAAUGAAACCAAAACGUCCUAGAGCUGUUGUGCUAUGUCCAACAAGAGAGCUAUCUGAACAGGUAUUCCGUGUGGCCAAAUCUAUAAGUCAUCAUGCCCGGUUCAGGUCUACUAUGGUGAGUGGUGGUGGCCGUUUAAGACCGCAGGAGGAUUCAUUGAGUGUUCCUAUAGACAUGGUUGUUGGGACCCCUGGGAGGGUUCUUCAACAUAUUGAGGAAGGGAACAUCGUUUAUGGUGACAUCAAAUAUUUGGUGUUGGAUGAGGCAGACACCAUGUUUGAUCGUGGCUUUGGUCCUGACAUUCGCAAGUUUCUUAGCCCAUUGAAAAACCGCGCAUUGAAACUCAAUGACCAAGGAUUUCAAACUGUCUUGGUUACUGCAACAAUGACUAAGGCAGUGCAAAAGUUGAUUGAUGAGGAAUUUGAAGGAAUAAUCCAUUUACGCACUUCAACAUUUCAAAAGAAGAUUGCAUCUGCUCGACAUGAUUUCAUCAAACUUUCAGGUUCUGAAAACAAGUUGGAAGCGUUGCUUCAGGUCUAUUCUCUAUGUCUUUAUAUGCUGUUAUGUUUGGUUUUUAUAAUACAAAAGCCAGAAGACGCAAGAGAGUCUGUAUUGGCAGAAAACAGAUUGGUCAAGAUGGCUCUCUCGGGCACAAACGUUACAGCUGAAGGGAUUUCAAAGCUGAAGGGAAUAUCUAUAGAAGGUUGGGCCGGAGGAGGAAAUGAGACCAACACCGAAGAAGAUGAGGGUCCUGAGGAGGUGGAGAGGCUGGAACCAAUGAAGGCCAUAGGGCACGUGGCAGAAGUUGAAUCAACAAGGGAGAAAUAUUCCUUGUUAUACAGAAAGAAUGCUUACAUGCUGCAUGCAGUGUCCCCCUUAUGCAGGAUAAUGAGUAGUUUGCAUUACUUUUAUCCUCACUUGCAAUAUUCUGUUUUCAGGGUUGAAAACCUGAAGAAAUUUAAGAGUGAAGAUGGAGACUGCCCCACAUUGGUUUGCACAGAUUUAGCUGCACGUGGACUGGACUUGGAUGUGGAUCAUGUCAUCAUGUUUGAUUUUCCAUUGAACUCUAUUGACUACCUCCAUCGCACUGGAAGAACUGCUCGUAUGGGAGCAAAAGGCAAAGUGACAAGUCUGGUUGCAAAGAAGGACUUGAUUUUAGCAUCACGAAUCGAGGAAGCCAUAAGGAAGAAUGAAAGCUUGGAGUCUCUUACUGCGGAUAAUGUCAGGAGGGACAUUGUAAAUGCUCGAAUUAAUCAGCAGAAGGGCAAGAAUAUGGCAAAUGCUUCAAAUCACAAAAACAAGACUACCCCAGCAUCAAAAUCCUCUAAAACCCGUGGGAAGGCUUCUUCCAUCCAGACAGCAGGAAGGAAAACCGCAGGAGCCAAAACUGGAAAAACAUCUAGACACCUUAAAAUUGGCAAGACAGUAGCUCAGGCCUCUAAGCAAUCGAAGUCUUCCCCUUCUAAACAAAUGGGAGGCAGAAAAUCUGGUUCCGUGAAACCUAUGGGAACAAAGAUCAGAGUUGUUGGGUUUAGAGGGCGGAGUUCAUCAUCUACCCAGAAAGGAUCCUUAAGGUCCAGUUGAUGCAGAGUGCAAUUUUUGGACGAACUUUUUUUACCUGGCCGCAUGUAAAUUAUUUAUUCUCCGUUUCUCAUGAAAAUUUGAGCAAUCUCAAAUAAAUGUUCAUUUUGUUAUUUGUUCAGAAGAUCAACUUUCCCAUGUUGAAUGUCGACUGAAAUGAGCUGAGGUAUUCCAUUGCAA